UAGCGCUUUGCUGCAAGGGACGUGAACGUCGCUGUUCUCGCUUCUUCGCUCUCUGCCCGUUGCAUGAGAAGAACCCUAGAUUCGUACCUCUCUCCUGCCAAGGGAGAUUUCACAUUUUUGAAUGCAUUUGAUGCUCUAAUACAUGUCACGUCUUUUUUUUUUUUUUUUACUCUGAAACUGAUUCGUUUUUUUUUAUUGCGUAAGAAACUGCUGUCUCACAAUCAACUCAUCCCUAAAUGGUUCAGAUUCUGAUUAUCUGCGAGCAGUAACGGUACACCUGCGCUAAACAAGAACAACCGUUUACUAGGCAAGACUGGUCAAAAUUCCUCAAGACUUUCGCUGACGUCGACGAGGCUUAAGCUACCUCAGCCCCAAAGGCCCAGGAUGGGGGGAGUGGGCUGUGUGAACGGACUGCAGGCUCUGCUUGCUCUCUUCCUGCUCCAGGUGUUGGGCCAUGACGUGGGCCGGGCGGAGACGCUGGUGAACAUGCGCAAAGUCACCCACCAGCCCGUGCGGGAGCAGCUGGCCGGCACCGCCGUCCUGCCCUGCGUCUUCACCCUGCGGCCCAGCCCCUCGCACGAGCCGCCCCGCAUCAAGUGGACCAAGGUGUGGGGCCAGAAGGGCCCGGGCCGGGCCCGGCGCGAACAGUCGGUGCUCAUCGCCAAGGACAACGUGGUGAAGGUGAAGAAGGCCUUCCAGGGCCGCGUCACGCUGCCCGGUUACCAGGACAACCGCUACAACGGCACGCUGGCGCUGACGGGCGUGCGCUCCAGCGACACCGGGAUGUACCGCUGCGAGGUGGUGGUGGGCCUCAGCGACGAGCAGGACACCGUGCCGCUGGAGGUCACCGGUGUGGUGUUCCACUACCGCGCUCCGCACGACCGCUACGCCCUGUCCUUCGGGGACGCCGAGCGGGUCUGCCUGGAGAACUCCGCGCACAUCGCCACACCCGCCCAGCUCCAGGCCACGUUCGACGACGGCUACGACAACUGCGAUGCUGGGUGGCUCUCCGACCAGACAGUCAGGUACCCAAUCCAGUUGCCAAGGCCUGGUUGCUAUGGAGACAGAGAGGACUCACCUGGUGUGAGGAACUACGGCAACAGGGCCCCCGAUGAGCUGUUUGAUGUCUACUGCUUCGCUCAGAAACUGCAAGGCGAGGUGUUCCACGCCACCCUCCCGGAGAAGCUGAGCCUGGCCACGGCCUCCACGCACUGCCACUCCCUGGGGGGCCAGCUGUCCACGGUGGGGCAGCUGUACCUGGCCUGGCAGGCGGGGCUGGACCGCUGUGACCCGGGCUGGCUGGCCGACGGCAGCGUGCGCUACCCCAUCACGGAGCCCCGCCGGAACUGCGGCGGGGACGAGCCGGGCGUGCGCACCCUCUACCACAACCCCAACCGCACCGGCUUCCCCGACACCACGGCCCUGUUCGACGCCUACUGCUUCAGAGGAAAACAGGCAGCGAAUCAGAGGACGGAAGCCGUGGGACUCCUCCAGACCAAGGGCCCUGGAGCCAAUAGCACAGACCCGGGCCUCGUCUCCAACGACGACACAGACCAGCCCGCCCCCCAGCCGUCCACCUGGACGGGAUUGGUGGACCUGGACAAGGAAGGGAUCAACUCCAUCGUGGGUCUGGAGUCGUCGGAGAUCUCGGAGGAGCACGUGGUGAUCCACCUCCGGCCCGACGAGGCCUCCGCUCGCUGGGGCGAGCCGCGGAAACCGGGCUACGCCGGGCUCCAGGAGGCCGCCGGCCCCAAGAUCACCACCAUGAUGAGCCUCUCCUCCCUGGAGAACCUGGAGGCCCAGGGCGGCUCCGCCAAGGAGGAGGAGACGGAGGAGGAGGAGGAGGAGGACGCGGAGGGACGCACGGGGUCCUCCUCCUCUCUGCCCUCCGCCCUCUCCUCUCCCACCCAGCAGGCUCACACCAGCAACGGCAUCCUCUCCAACCUGGUCAACUCCAUCAUGAGGCCCUGGAGGUACCUCACCGGGGCCGAGGCGGAGGGCGCGGCUACCCCGACCGGCCCCCCCGGCAAGAGCCUGGUGGGGCGGCAGGGGCCGGCGGGGUCGGGGAAGGGACUUUCGGGUGGAGGAAAGACGGCGGGAAGCAACAGGAGCACCGACAACGACAUCAUGGAGAACUUUGACGCGGAGGCUUCGCGGAGGUCGUCCGACGGAGGUCCGGAUCGGGACAUCCCGGAGCAACAGAGAGAGGUCUUUCAGGAAACUGGGGGCAGCGACCCAACUCAGCCCAGCAUGAUGAAUCCCAACCAGCCGACCCACCCACCCACUUCUCUUCACACGGACUCUUCUGAAGGAGUAAUUGCGUCGGGACGCGCAGAGAUGGCGAAUCCGCCCGUAGCCCGUAAUGACUCAUCGGGUUCCUCGGCGGUCUCUCAGGACGGGCGGGCGCCGGGGGCCGGGGAGGCGGCCGGGCCGGUCUCUCCCGGCACCGCGGCGGUCCCGCGGCGGAGAGAACCCCCGGCAGAGGCUGCGGGCGCCUCCAAAAUGGCCGCCCGGCCGAGUGCCGCCUCCUCCCGCCCGCUGGAUGGCGGGGAGGACGCGUCGGGGGAACCGCCGGCUCUCGUGGAGGAGCUCUCCGUCCGCGGCGGGUCGGUGGCGGGCGACCCCGAGGCCGCGGAGGUCAAGGCCGGCAGGGUGGAGCUGAUGCUGGUGCCCUCCUUCAAAGACAACCCCGAGAACUACUCCGGGGAGGGGCGGGAGCAGGAGGAAGGGCACAGCUACCAGCCCCCGGACGGAGCCCCUCCGGGCAGGCCGUCCGAUAGGUCGUCCCCGGAGGCCGAGGGCAGCGGGGGGCGGUACCCUCCCGGGGGGCGGAGCUCUAGCGCUCAGAGUGACGCCUCGAAAGUUUCUCCCUCCGUUCCGACCCACGAUGGCGCGCUGGUCCGGUUCACCACUGUCAGACAGUGGCAGCUGGAGGACCGGCCCACUACCCCGCCAGGUGGGGGCGCCCUCUCAUCCGGGCAGCAGCGUCAGGCCUCGGAAGACUCACGAGGCAACGCCGCAGAAGCGAGAGGCGAAAUCCUCUCCGCCCGUCGCCCCGGUGCCGCUGCUGCUGGCCAGGACGGGUACCUGGAUGCCCACAAUCCCUCUGCAGCCGGCACCCGCCACCCAGACGCGGCCACCACCCCCAACGCGUGGCUCAACUCAGGGGCCCUCCCCGCAGAGCCCCUGUCCACUAUCCAAACCUCCACGCCGGACUCGGUGAAGGGAGGGGGCCCCAAAGCAGCCGGACUUCCUUCCAACAACGACGUGGAGUCCACCGAGGAAUGCGCGAUUUCCAUCUCGUGGUUGUCGGUUGAGGGAGCCGAGCCCCGGGGGACCGCGGAGCCGCUGGCCUUCGGCUCGGGCGAAUCCCUGUCGCGCGGGGGACCCCAAACCGGCCCCUCCGGCUCUGGGCAGCCAGCCGGGCAGGCGUCAGGCCCUGGGGAGACGGUCCAGGAGGCCGAGGCUAGAUCAGCCAUGUCCGAGUCUUUCGUGCUGGGCAGAGGCAAGGGUCCUCUCAGCGGGACCAAUGGCACUGUCGGCACUGGAGCUGAGGACAACCCCUGCCACACCAGCCCCUGUCUGCACGGAGGGAGCUGUCUGCAGGAGGGCCGGGGCUACAGCUGCUACUGCCCGCCGGGCUACUCCGGGGAGAGCUGCGAGAUCGACAUCGACGACUGCCAGUCGAACCCGUGUCAAAACGGAGGGACCUGCAUCGACGAGAUAGACUCCUUCGUCUGCCUGUGCCUGCCAAGCUAUGGAGGGGCGACGUGUGAGAAAGACACAGAAGGUUGCGAGCACAACUGGAGGAAGUUCCACGGGCACUGCUACAGGUACUUCACCCACCGGCACACCUGGGAGGACGCAGAGAAGGACUGCCGUGAGCAGAGUGGUCACCUGGCCAGCAUCCACUCGGCCGAGGAGCAGGCCUUCGUCAACGGUCUGAGUCGUGAGAACACCUGGAUUGGGCUGAAUGACCGCACGGUGGAGGAGGAUUUUCAGUGGACUGACAACAUGGCGCAGCAAUACGAGAACUGGCGGGAGAACCAGCCGGAUAAUUUCUUCGCGGGCGGUGAGGACUGCGUGGUGAUGAUCGCCCGGGAGAACGGCAAGUGGAACGACGUGCCCUGCAACUACAACCUGCCCUACAUCUGCAAGAAAGGCACAGUGUUGUGUGGAACUCCCCCCUCCGUGGACAACGCGUUCGUGAUCGGCCGGAAGAGGUCCCACUACGACAUCCACUCGGUGGUGCGCUACCAGUGCGCUGACGGAUUCCUCCAGCGCCACGUCCCCACAGCCCGCUGCCGUGCCAACGGGAAGUGGGACCGCCCCAAGAUCGUCUGCACAAAGAGUCGGAGAUCUCACCGUUACCGCCGUCAUCACCACAAGGCUCGGCGGGAUCGCAGAAAGCACAAGAAGCACGGCGCUGGGGGCCACCGCGGUGGAGAACAGGACCACGGCCACUUCUGAACCAAAAAAACGCCCCGCCUGCACCCUCCCUCCACCCCACCCCAUCCCAACCCAGCCCCUCUCCUGCGCCCACACCCCCUCAUCCUGGCUCCGGGGAGUCGGGCAGAAUCAUACUCAAAGCCUGAGGCUUCGGCGAGAACCGCCAGGCCUCACAGGGACAAUAACAAACACUUUAUACACCCCCCCACUCUCCUUCAUUCAGUCCGUCACAACCCCUUUGACUGUGUACUCUGCCCAGACCAGGGGUCUGUCCCACAAGGCUGGAUUACUGUAAAACUGAGACCCCACCCAAAUCUGGAACAUGGACUGAAAGUUAAACGAGCUGUGUCGGGUUUUACUUUGCGCAAGUUAUCUGGCUAACUCAAUCCUGCUUUGUGGAACAGGCUCCAGGGCUGUCCAAUCCUGUUCCUGGAGAACUACCGUCCUGUAGGCUUUUACUCCAACCCUAACAAAGCUCACCUUACUCACCAGCAAGAGAUCUUGUGGAGCUGCUAAUUAGUAAAUUAGGGUUGGAAUGAAAAGCUAGAGGACUGUAGAUCUCUACGAAGAGGUUUGGGCAGUCCUGGUCUAGACACUGAUUUAGAUACCUGUGUUUGCUUAUUGUUUAGCUUGUUCUGUUUUAUUUUAGGCUUUUUUCUUAAUUGUCGAGGGUUGGAUUUGGUAAAAAAAACUAACUGUAAAUAUCCCCGUUCGUUAACGCAGUGAACAAAUCAGAGUGAUUGGGCAAUACACGCGCCUCACGUUUUGCAUAUCAUAUGAGUUAAUUUGCAUUUAUUAGCAUUAUUGCGGUUUCAUACAUAUGGAUGCAAUCCCUGGCUCAAUUUCUUCAGUCUGCUGAGGAGGCUGUUUCAUCGUUUUUAUACCUUUCAUCUGAAAGAUAUUGGAAGUCAUACUUUUAAUGAGUUUCCAAAUUAUUAUUAUUUUUUUGCCUAUGCCAGGAAUUGCUUUCCCAAGAUGGAAUGGAGACUGGAUUGGCCUUCAUGCAGUGGGGUCCAUAGGUAUUUGGACGGUGACACAAUUUCAAGGGCUGUCAUUUUAACACAAUUCACUCCUUAUGGAUGUGUAAAAUUAACGUUCAAACCGUCAGCUUUAAUUUGAGCGUAUGUACAUCCAUAUCGAGGGAUUGGUGUAGGAAUUACAGCCCUUUAAAAUUGUCCGAAACUGUCCAAAUACUUACGGACCUCACUGUGUACAGAUCUGUGGUUGACCGACCAGUCGUGUACCAGCCCUGUGUGUGCAGCUCUCUCUGGCGGCAGAUGGUUUAAUCUCCAGCUGGAGGAUGGAUUUACGCUCUCUCCUGCCUGCAUCCAUCUUCCCAUGGUGCGUCUGCGCUCUGACAGGGCUUUCGGCUGACCUAUGCCCACUGAAGAGAAUUUGUGUUGUCAGCCUCUGUCAGCUAAAAACGCGUGUUGGGAAUCGGCACCCCGCAGUAAGAUCCGGCUGUGACCAGCUCGAAAUGACCAGCGACCAGCAGUCAAGACAUAGCUUCGGCUGGUCAAACUGUGCGGGGGAGCUGGCCCGAACCGGUCAACCAGCCACCAGCUGUUUCAAAACCUAGCUUGAGCUGUACUUUUCAGUAGGGCACCCAUAUCUCAUACACUCACGCACACACGUACACACACAACAUCACUAAUAGCCCGACUAAAAGCUAUUCCCAGCAGUCUUCAGGAGGAUCUCUGCACUCUGAAAAAGCAAAAAUUCGCUUUCUGUGCCUCAGAUCGGGUAGAUCGCUGAUGGGGGAAUUAAUUUUCGGCAAUCUCCCUCUGCAUUGCAUCGUGGGAGCGGAAAGAAUCUGCUUGGCAUUCCAGACAGUAUAGAACUGAGGCUUGGUUUUUGCCUGAACAGAAUUCUGAGAAGUAAGUAACGGGUGGUAUAGAUUUGUGGGGGCAGCAUAGCUUAGCAUAGGUGACUACUUUCGCCCACCAAGAGACUACAGAUUUAGAAACACCGUUCUGUGCACGGAUGCUACAGCACUACUGACACGAUAACUGGUGUGCACUGCCCCGUUAACUAAAUGAAUUAAAUGAAAUUAGACAAAGAAUUAAAUGAAUAAGGUUACUCGGUGGCCUAGCCUGGUGGCUGUGUGGGCGUGGUGAUGAUGUGACUUGCAUAGAAGAUGGUCAAACACGGGUCUGUGUUUGUCUAUGGGAGCCGGCUGCAGUGUUGUAAAUUAAAAGCAUUCUUUCAGAAAGGUAUUCGACCUACUGACUGCAAGUUGUUUUUAGUUAUGGUUAUACUUCAGGCUCCGUUCCCUUGACACUACAGCCCCGUUCCUUCUUUCUCUGUGCCCAGAGCCUUUCUCCAUCCUGCUUCGUUCACCCUCUCGCUGACAGAGGCCCGGAGAGAGGGGGGAGUAGGUGAGACACAGGCCUUUUUGUGUUUUUUUUAAAAGUGCGGUUAAUUAACGGGAGAGGAUAUCCGCCCGGUUCCUGCCGCUCAGCCGGAGACCCGCCCCGGUCCGGGGUCUGUCGUUCCCUGUCCUGCUCUGACCGGGGGGGGCCUUCGAGGGCGACAGACGGCUGUCGAUCUUAAGAUGGCGACGGGGCACGGAGCACCGGCGGAGGGUGUCGGGACCCUUCAGACUGACGUUUAAAGCCGCGUAAGAUUCAUAGCGGCGGGAGCGAUGAUGAUCUACAGCAGCCGUGCCGAACCGGGGCUACGUGUGAGAGAGGCUGAGCGCUCUCCGCCGGCAUCACAACAAACCCGGCCGAACAGACACAUUAGAGAGAGAGAGGAAAAGAAAACAGCUUCAAAGCUGAGGCUGAGGCUGGGAUCUUCAAGGCUGAGAAGAGCUAAGGGUCUUGGAAAUAAAUUGCCGGCACUUGAUUUAGAUGUGGAGUUUUUUUUUAGCUUGUGCGCAUAUUUAUUAUAAUUUCACACAUAAGAUUGUGCAUAUAUUUUGCUUGCCAGACUUUAAAUCUGUGACACCCUACCAAACAUUGAUGUCGGUGAGACGUCAGUGUUGGUCAUGGAUUACUGGGGCAGAAAUGAAUGUCUUUUUGACUUUGGUGAUUCGAUGAGUACAAAACGCUGACCUGUUACAGGUAGAAAACUGGUCACGUCGUGUCUCGAUGUCAAUUAGCCUUGUAGCCGCGAUGCAGGUCGAUACAUUGUUUGGGGGGAUAUUAUGUGAAGUAAUGUGUUAGCUCGUUAGCCCGUUAGCUCUCCCUAGUCCUUGGUGACGGAGGAGUCUUCUCCAGUGGUGAUCUCUGUAGGCAAUGUGAAGUGUAUGAUAAGUAUAUUUUCUAUGCAAAUGCAUGUGAAACAUAUUGUGAAAUACAUUUAAAAUGUAUUUGCAUUGCAUUUUGAAAUAUAUGUGGAAUACCAUUUACAAGUGUGUUCGAUAGAUGCAUUGAAAAUACAUUGAAAAUAUAUUGAUCGUACAUUUCACAUACAUUGGAAAUACAUUCCUGAAUAUAUGAAAUGGCCCAUUUUGACAUACUUUGACACGCUUCAGGAAUACAUAUUAAAAUGUAGGGGAUGUGUCGUUCGUCGCUGUCCAGAAGGAGUCGCGGUCAGCGGAGGUUUCCUCCGGUCUUCAUUCACAAUCUUCUCACGUUGUCCCGGAGA